GCUAACACGCGAACAACUACAAUACUUUCUAAAUCCAAAGUCACAGCAGAACAAACAAGGAAUUGAGAAAAAUGCUUGAGGCCCAAGUUCAGCUCGCUAGUCUGUGGAAGCGGUUGGUGGAAUGCGUCAAUGGUUUAGUGAACGAGGCUAAUUUUGACUGCAAUCCUGGUGGCUUAUCGAUACAAGCGAUGGACACAAGUCAUGUUGCUCUAGUACAUAUGCUUCUCCGUGAUGAUUGCUUCGUUAAGUACCAGUGUGAACGCAAUAGCAUCCUAGGCCUCAACCUUGCUUCGCUUUCCAAGGUGCUCAAAAUUGUUGAUAGCACUGAUAGCCUUACGCUGCGCCAUGAUGACGACUCGGAUUUGGUAACACUACUUUCAGAAAACUCUGAAAAGACGCGCAAAUGUGAGUAUCAACUUAAGCUGCUAGAUAUCGAGGCAGAGGCUAUGGGAAUUCCGGAACUGGACUACCGAAGCACGGUCACCCUUAGCUCUAAUGAGUUUGCGAAGAUAGUGCGGGAUAUGGCCAUCUUCGGAGACACUGUUACAAUCAGCAUCAGCAUGAAGGGUGUCAAGUUCAGCUCCUCUGGUGAUGUUGGCCAAGGUUAUACCUUUUUACAGGCUUCUGGCUCAUCGGUCCGCCGAUCCAAGCCAGAAGUCAAGUCCGAGGUGAAGGCAGAAUCUCAUGGUGACGAUGAGGAAGUCCCGCUAUCUCGCAAAUACAAACAGGAGCAGCAGGGUGCAGUUGGAGUUGAGGUAGACAUGGAGGAACCCAUCACACUUUCUUUCGCUCUACGCUUCAUGAAUAUCUUUGCAAAAGGAUCCAGUCUCAGCGAUCGCGUGACGCUGAAGUUUGCGAGGGACAGCCCAUGCAUGGUGGAGUACAGUAUCGACAAUGUCGGUUACUUGCGCUACUAUCUCGCACCCAAGGUUGACGAUUCUGAGUAA